AUGUCAGAACAACCAUUACCAUUUAUUUAUCAGUUCUUAGCUGGUGCCAUUGCUGGUGUUUCAGAAAUUUUAUUAAUGUAUCCAUUGGAUGUUGUUAAAACUAGACAACAAUUGGACACUACAGGUUCAUAUACUGGAACCGUUCAAACUUUUAAAAAAAUCAUUAAAGAUGAAGGGUUCUCAAGAUUAUAUAAGGGUAUAACAUCACCAAUUUUAAUGGAAGCUCCAAAAAGAGCUACUAAAUUUGCAGCUAAUGAUGAAUGGGGGAAAUUUUAUAGAAGUUUAUUUGAUGUUCCAAAAAUGACUCAACCUUUAGCUGUUUUAACCGGUGCUACUGCUGGUGCAACUGAAUCAUUUGUAGUUGUUCCAUUUGAAUUGAUCAAAAUCAGAUUACAAGAUAAAUCAUCCAAAUUCAAUGGUAUGUUGGACGUUUCAAAACAUAUCAUCAAAACCAAUGGGAUUUUUGGUUUAUACAAAGGUUUAGAAUCAACUUUAUGGAGACAUGUUGCAUGGAAUGCUGGAUAUUUUGGAUUGAUUUUCCAAGUUAAAGAAUUAAUGCCACAACCAAAAAAUUCAACUGAAAAGACUUUGAUUGAUUUAACUUCUGGUGCUAUUGGUGGUACUUUUGGUACUAUGUUAAAUACUCCAUUCGAUGUUGUUAAAUCAAGAAUUCAAGCUGGUGAUAUCAAAUAUAAAUGGACUGUUCCUUCAUUAUUCGUAAUCGGUAAAGAAGAAGGUUUCAGUGCUUUAUAUAAAGGUUUCUUACCAAAAGUUUUGAGAUUAGGUCCAGGUGGGGGUGUUUUAUUAGUUGUAUUUACUACUUGUAUGGAUUUCUUCAGAAGUAUUCAAUAG